AUGGGAGCACAGAGCCUAGCAGUGGCUUGUGGGGCACUGGCCUUGUGCCUGGCACUCACCACAGCCACCAACCCCGGCUUCGUGGUGAGGAUCACCCAAGCAGGCUUGGACUACGCCCAUCAGCAGGGGAUCACAGUCCUGGAGAAGGAGCUGACCCACCUGAAGCUGCCAGACGUCUCGGGUGACUUUCGUGUCUUGCGUGUGGGAAAGGUGCACUAUGACCUCUCCAGACUGCGACUUCGCGAUUUCCACUUGCCAUACUCGCGGAUUUCCCCGGUCGCCAACGUGGGCCUUCAGGUCUCCAUCUCCAACGCCUUUACCGACCUCGAUGGGAACUGGCGGGUGAAGUUUCACUUCAUCAGAGACCAUGGUUCGUUUGACCUGAAGGUGGAGAACAUCUACAUCAAAAUCAGCCUAAGGCUGGGCAGUGAUGCUACUGGGAAGCCCACCAUCAGCAGCUCGGGCUGCAGCACCCGCAUCUCUAAAGUCCGGGCACACUUUUCGGGGAGGUUCGGGUGGCUUUACAACCUCUUCUACAGCGCUGUUGAACACAACUUCAAAAAGAUUUUGGAGAGCAAGGUUUGUGACACCAUAGCCCAAUCUGUGCGCAAUGAUCUCCAGAAGUACGUCCAGACCCUGCCAGUCACAGCCAAGAUAGAUGCCAAGACUGGGAUUGAUUACUCUUUGGUGGCAUCCCCAACUGCUACUGCCCAGUCCCUGGAUGCAGACCUGAAGGGUGAAUUCUACUCCCUAGCCCACCGCUCCACUGUGCCCUUCCCAACUCUGCCGCUGGCCUUCCCCCCGGAUCACGACCGCAUGGUUUACUUUGGAGCCUCCAGCUACUUCUUCAACACAGCUGGCUUCGCCUACCAUGCGGCUGGGGCACUGGUCUUUGAAAUCACAGAUGCCAUGAUCCCAAAGGAUGUUGACUUCCACUUAAACACCUCCAUCUUCUCAGCCUUCGUUCCCGAGCUGGAGCAGAUGUACCCGAACAUGCCAAUGAAGAUCAGGCUGUCCGCCCCCUCUGCCCCAUUCCUGAACAUCGGACCAGGAGGAAUCUCGCUCAAGCCUGUUGUGGAUGUCCAGGCGUACGCCAUCCUUCCCAACUCCAGCCUGGCUCCUCUCUUCCUUCUCAGCCUGACAGGGAAUGUGUCCGCUGUCAUCGACGUGAGAUCUGGCCACAUCGUUGGGCGCCUGGACGUGGGCAGGAUCAGGCUCUCUCUGAAGCAUUCAGAUGUUGGCACUUUCCAGGUGCGAAUGCUGCAGUCCAUAAUGAACAUCUUCGCUUCCAAAAUUCUGCUCCCACGUCUUAAUGCAAUUCAGGCCAGAGCUGGACUAGCGGCUGGAGGGGCCCAGGGGGGUGUCAUGGCACAACACGCAGCCCCCAGCCCUUCUGUGAAGAUUGGGAGGAAUUUCCUCUGCCUGCCCCCGGAUCACUGGAGGCGAGGAAAGGGCUGGGGGGAGGAGGUGGAUGCCUUCUCUGAAUGGCCCGUGGGUUCCCCCCUGCCACUGCCAGACAGGAUACGUCUCUCCAAUACCCUCGUGAGGUUCCACCAGAAUUUCCUGCUGCUUGGAGCAGACGUUCAGUUCCAGCCCCAGGGACGGAGAUAG